AUGGUCAGGCCCCCAGUGCCGGGCUGGAGUCAUCUGAAGUCCUCAGGUCUGUCUCUCCUGGCCAAGCAGAUAUGGGGCACCCUCCAUAGCCACUUGCUAAGGCCGGCGCGAUGGUGCUCGCAGGUUCCCUGUGCACAGAGAAGGAGAAAUGACGCUUUGCACCCCAUCUGGAAGGGUCCAGCCUCCGUGCCAGGGGGCACCCGGCAGUCCCCCAUCAACAUCCACUGGAGGGACAGCGUCUAUGAUCCCCAACUGAAGCCCCUAGGGGUCUCUUACAAUGCGGAGGCCUGCCUCUAUGUCUGGAACACCGGCUACCUCUUCCAAGUGGAAUUUGACGACUCCACGGAGGGGUCAGGAAUCAGCGGCGGCCCCUUGGAAAACCACUACAGACUAAAGCAGUUCCACUUCCACUGGGGAGCAGUGAACGAGUGGGGCUCAGAGCACAUGGUGGAUGACCACGCAUACCCGGCAGAGCUGCACUUGGUUCACUGGAACACUGUGAAAUACCAGAACUACACGGACGCCGUGAUGGGAGCAGACGGCUUGGCGGUGGUAGGCGUAUUUUUAAAGCUGGGGGCCCGCCACGAGGCGCUGCAGGAGCUGGUGGCAGUCUUGCCGGACAUAAAGCACAAGGACGCGCGAGCAGCCCUGGGCCCCUUCCAGCCCUCCUGCCUGCUGCCUGCCUGCCAGGACUAUUGGACGUACCCGGGCUCCCUGACCACGCCGCCACUGUCCGAGUCAGUCACCUGGAUCAUCCACAAGAAGCCCAUCGAGGUGGCUCAGGACCAGCUGGCCGCCUUUCGCUCGCUCCUGUUUUCUGUGCCUGGUGAAGAAGAGAAGACAAUGGUGAACAACUACCGCCCACUCCAACCCCUGAUGAACCGGAAGGUCCGUUCAUCCUUCCAGGCCACUCACAAGGGAGCAAGACUCUAA